UAUCUCUUUGGUGAAUGCUAUCUUCUUCUCUGUCCAGCGAGCCACCCUUAUCAUCUCUCUAUCGCCUCCUUUUUCUUCUUCCAUUUCUCUCCGUAGAGUCCGCUCUUUAGGAAUCCUUGGGGAGGGAGAGAAAGUGAGAGCGAGAUAGAGAGAUGGAGGCUGUGAUACAGACCAGGGGAAUUCUCUCUUUACCGGCGAAACCCACCGGUGGUAGAGGUUUUCUUCAGCCCUCUCGUGGCUUGAAACAGAGAAUUUUCGCCUCCAAGCCCAGAACUCUACCUGGGUUGUCGCUAUCUUCCAAUGGGCACAAGAAAUUUCAGACCUUUGAGUCAACCCCACACCGGAUUUCGGUUUCUCACAAGGAGAGAAGCUGUGGGUUCAUCUGCAAGGCGGAGGCGGCGGCCGCCGGCGAUUUGCCGGUGUUCGGAGAAGGGGAUACCGCGGCGGUGGCAGCGACGCCUAAGAUAUUUGGUGUCGAGGUUGCGACCCUGAAGAAGAUUAUCCCGUUAGGGUUGAUGUUCUUCUGCAUUCUUUUCAAUUACACAAUCCUUAGGGACACUAAGGAUGUAUUGGUGGUGACAGCGAAGGGAAGUUCCGCUGAGAUUAUACCCUUUUUGAAGACAUGGGUUAAUCUUCCAAUGGCCGUUGGGUUCAUGUUGUUGUACACGAAACUCGCCAACGUUUUGUCCAAAGACGCUCUCUUUUACACCGUCAUUUUCCCGUUUAUUGCAUUCUUUGGGGCAUUUGGUUUCUUGAUGUACCCUCUCAGUAGCAUUAUUCACCCCGAAGCUCUAGCUGAUAAACUCUUGGCGGUCCUCGGCCCCAGAUUUAUGGGUCCUCUUGCAAUUCUGAGGAUUUGGAGUUUCUGUUUGUUCUAUGUCAUGGCUGAACUCUGGGGUAGUGUGGUGGUUUCUGUUCUUUUCUGGGGCUUUGCUAAUCAGAUUACAACGAUCGAUGAGGCCAAGAAAUUCUAUCCUUUGUUUGGGCUUGGGGCCAAUGUUGCUCUGAUUUUCUCGGGACGGACGGUGAAGUACUUCUCUAACAUGAGGAAGAAUCUCGGUCCUGGAGUUGAUGGUUGGGCCGUUUCGUUGAAAGCCAUGAUGAGCAUUGUGGUCGGCAUGGGGCUUGCCAUCUGUUUUCUGUACUGGUGGGUGAAUAAAAACGCUUCUCUCCCAACCCGCAGCAAGAAGAAGAAGGAGAAGCCGAAGAUGGGAACAAUGGAGAGCUUGAAGUUCUUGGUGUCGUCGCCGUACAUCAGGAAUCUUGCAACGUUAGUGGUUGCUUACGGUAUUAGCAUCAACCUCGUUGAAGUCACGUGGAAAUCGAAGCUCAAAGCUCAGUUCCCCAGCCCUAACGAGUACUCCGCAUUCAUGGGCGACUUUUCAACCUGCACGGGAAUAGUGACGUUCUCGAUGAUGCUUCUCAGCCAAUACAUAUUCGAGAAGUACGGCUGGGGAGUUGCUGCCAAGAUUACACCGACUGUAUUGCUCUUGACCGGCGUUGCCUUCUUCUCUCUGAUAUUGUUUGGCGGCCCGAUCGCUCCAGUGCUUGCCAAGUUUGGAAUGACGCCUCUUCUUGCAGCUGUGUAUGUCGGCGCCAUGCAGAAUAUCUUCAGCAAGAGCGCUAAGUACAGUUUGUUCGAUCCUUGCAAAGAAAUGGCUUACAUCCCAUUGGAUGAGGACACUAAGGUGAAAGGGAAAGCCGCCAUUGAUGUGGUCUGCAAUCCGUUGGGGAAAUCUGGAGGUGCCCUGAUACAGCAGUUCAUGAUCUUAUCCUUCGGGUCACUGGCUAACUCGACGCCUUACCUCGGAGUCAUCCUGCUGGGUAUUGUGACCGCAUGGUUAGCCGCUGCUAAGUCGCUGGAGACUCAGUUCAACACAUUGCGGUCUGAGGAAGAGCUCGAGAAGGAAAUGGAGAGAGCGUCUUCGGUCAAGAUUCCCGUAGUUUCUCGGGAGGACGGUGGGAAUGGUUCCCUCAUGGCACCGGAAGGAUCUUCUCCGAGCGGCAGUUCGCCGGAGAAAUCUGCUCCGACCAACAUUUAAUCCUCGGCUGGAUUGUUUCUGUAAUGGCGAAGAAUCACAGAAGUUUGAGAGAGAGAGAGAGAGAGAGGGAGAGAGAUGGCCGGUUAGACCAAUCUCUCGAAGCUCUAUUGCAUCCCUUUUUAGUGUUUCAUAACCACCAAUAGGAAAACUAAAGCUCAAUAAAUUUAUAAAAAAAUUUUGUUAAUCUUCA